GGCACAGGCCAAAACAAUCCUCCGUGCGUACUCACGCCCUCGGAUAGACAUAUUUCCACCCACCAGGCCGGCCAUCGAUCUCCGGCGAUGACGCACGGCCAUCACCAUCACCACCAUCAUCACAGCGGCGGCCAUCACCACCACCACGGGCACCAUCACCACCACCACGGCCAUCAUCACCAUCACGACAGCCAGCAGGCGCCCGCGCUGCCGGGGUUCCCCGUCCCGUACUCUUACCUUCCGACGACGGUCGGGGCGCCUCUCCUCGAGCACAGGCCCAAGCCGGACUGCUCCGAUUCUGACUCCGACGGCGGACUCUACAACUGCACGCUUGUGGCCUGCUUGAUCCUGGCCGUGGUGUGCAUCCUCGUCUAUAUGUUCGGCUGAGCCAUCGAUUACUACUUCUUCUGAUGGCAUGGAUGGCACACAGCUAGGUUGCUGAGUAGUUGAUGAGGACUUGGGAGACGUCCCAUCGGGAAUAUUUAAACUUGUUUCAGUGAAGUAUAAACGUCGUAGCCAUGAGAGGACUGAUCAGCUUGUGCGCAUGGUGACUUGAUUGUUGUUAUAGUUUCGGUAUAUGCCGCAACGUGUUCUUCAAACCAUUUUACUUGUCUUUCUCGCUAGUCGAUAUGCUUACAAACAACUCAUGUCUGCUUAUUUAUUUCUGUAUAUAUAUUUAUUACGUAGCAAUAUCGCAUACCUCAC